AUGACUAUCGCCACUAAGAACUCUAUUAUAUCUCCAUUUUGGGAUAACUUCUAUUAUGUUUAUUUUAUAUUACAUUUUUUCACUACUGUUUUAGCUGAUAGUUCAGCUGUAUUGCCAAAAAACUUGGUUUAUUUUUCUAGUUUUUUAGAUAAAUAUAGUUACGAGGUAGAUGAUUUUUUAAUGAUCGAAAGGCCACAAUGGUUUAGAGUACUUGUUUGGAUUGAAUUGUGCUUUCAAGCCCCAUUAUUUUUAUGGUUUUUCAAUAUGAUUAACCGUUAUUAUGACGAAUGGAAAAAAUUUGCAAGCAGUGAGGAAGCCAAAUUGAACAUUAAGAAAAAUGCCUUCCAAUUAGCUUCAUUGAUUAAAUUUAUGAUGAGAAUUUAUGGUGUUCUAGCUACUACAACCACUUUAUAUUGUAUUUAUGUGAUUUAUACCACUGGUCAUUACCCAAACACUGAUAUACCACUACCAAUGAGCAAUAAGUUGAAGUUAAUUUGCAUUUAUUCUCCAUUUGCUUUAAUUCCCUCCAAAUUGUUACUUGUUUGA